AGGGGCAAAAUAGUCCUUGCGACAGAAAAUCUUAACUUCUGUGUAGCUUUAUCAUUUUCCUGAAUCAGCAACAACUGGGCCGCAGUUGGCCUCACUGCAUUAUUUUGCCCCUGCCGAUAAUUCAACGCCAACCCAUCGGCAUGAUCAUCUUAUCCUAUUGCUUUUGCUUCUGGGUUUGUAGGGCAUAAGUUAAAAAUUAUUAAUUAGAGUAUUUUUAAUUAAUUUUACAUAAAUUUUUAUCUAAAAUUUAUAAUUUAAUAUAUUUUUUAAGGUUAAAUAUUAUAUUUUGUUUUAAUUUUAUAUUUUAUAUUAAUUAAAUUUAAUAUAAAAAUUUAUAUAAAAUUAAUUAAAAAUACUGCAUCUACCUCCCUAAAGAAACCCAUUCAGCUACUCUACCCUUUUGUCAAGAGAGCAAAGCCAAAGCCUCCUUCGAUAGAUACUGAUAAAAGAGAGGAGGUGAUCCCCUGAUUUCGAUCUUGGAGCACGAUUCCGAUCAUGAACGACGGAGAAGAUGCAGCUCGUCGCCGUAGUGCCGUCACAGACCACCGCAAGAAGCUUCUUCAGCACAAAGAGCUCGAAUCCAGAGUUCGCACAGUGAGGGAGAAUCUGAGAGGUUCAAAGAAGGAAUUCAACAAAACCGAAGAUGACUUGAAGUCUCUCCAAAGUGUUGGGCAGAUUAUUGGGGAAGUUCUGCGGCCUCUUGAUAAUGAACGCUUGAUUGUUAAAGCAAGCAGUGGCCCUAGGUAUGUGGUUGGCUGUCGCAGCAAAGUAGACAAGGAGAAACUGACUUCGGGAACUAGAGUGGUUCUUGAUAUGACAACACUUACAAUCAUGCGGGCUCUUCCACGUGAGGUUGAUCCUGUAGUUUACAAUAUGUUGCAUGAAGAUCCUGGUAAUGUUAGCUAUUCAGCUGUUGGUGGUUUAUCUGAUCAGAUCAGAGAAUUAAGGGAAUCUAUUGAGUUGCCUCUUAUGAAUCCUGAGCUCUUUCUAAGAGUUGGAAUUAAACCUCCCAAGGGUGUUCUACUUUAUGGCCCUCCAGGAACUGGCAAGACACUGUUAGCCAGGGCAAUUGCCAGUAAUAUUGAUGCCAACUUCUUAAAGGUUGUUUCAAGUGCAAUAAUUGAUAAAUACAUUGGGGAAAGUGCAAGGUUGAUACGAGAAAUGUUUGGAUAUGCACGUGAUCACCAACCCUGCAUCAUCUUUAUGGAUGAGAUUGAUGCCAUUGGUGGACGCCGUUUCAGUGAGGGAACAAGUGCCGAUCGUGAAAUUCAGAGAACAUUGAUGGAGCUACUGAAUCAGCUAGAUGGGUUUGAUCAGCUGGGAAAGGUUAAAAUGAUCAUGGCAACAAACCGACCUGAUGUUCUUGAUCCUGCACUUCUUCGUCCCGGACGAUUAGACAGAAAGAUUGAGAUUCCAUUGCCAAAUGAGCAAUCAAGGAUGGAAAUUCUCAAGAUUCAUGCUGCAGGAAUUGCAAAGCAUGGAGAGAUCGACUAUGAGGCUGUGGUCAAACUUGCUGAGGGGUUUAAUGGAGCUGAUCUACGAAAUGUCUGCACUGAAGCUGGAAUGUCAGCAAUCCGUGCAGAACGAGAUUAUGUCAUCCAUGAAGAUUUCAUGAAGGCUGUAAGAAAACUGAACGAGGCUAAGAAACUGGAAUCUAGUGCACACUACAGUGCUGAUUUUGGGAAAGACUAGAAUACUCUUCUUCCUCACAGAGCCAUGGAGUGCUGGGCAGUGCAUUCAUUUCAGACAUCGUUAAGCUGUACUUUCUACAAUUUUUUCCUCAACUUUAUCUUAAACAUCGUCCAGCUAUUUGUAAUCGGAAUCUUGUUAUUUAAAACUUUUCCCAUAUGACUACUCAUUUGCAACGUGGUGCCAAUUAGGCAAUCCGUUUCAUAUAAGAUUAAACUACUUCUGUUUGG